UGUAGAUUCUGAGUUUGUUCUCUUGACAGAACCACAGAUACCAGUAAAAGGUUUAAGGGUGAAGAGGAAAUAGAAAUGUUAGCAUUUGUUUCUCUGCCACUUCUUCUUUUACUGCUUUUCUCUUCUUGUCUUUUGUCUAAGACUCUACAGUGACAUAAAACAUCUUCUGUGAGUUAAAUAACUAAACCAUUGGAUCAAAAUGCUACAGUUUCUUCUUUUCCUCCUGCCCGUUGCAGGUGCUGCAGGUGUUUCUCCCUGGAGUGUGAAUUAUUCUCGUCCGAUCUGUGCUGCAAGAGGAUCCAAUGUCACUGUUGCCUGUAAUUUUACAUUUCCACAAGUAAAUACCCCUGUAAAGGAGGUGAAGUGGUGUUCAAUGAACUCAAACUAUGACAAGUGUUUGUUUGGGCCAUAUGUCUAUGACAGUGAAGCCAACAAUAAUUCAAUCAGAUUUCAAUACAUUGGAGAUAACGCUUCAGACUGUUCUCUUUUGAUUAAUGACAUUCAACUCACAGAUUCUGGAGAAUAUAAGUUCAGAUUUAUUACUAGUUCAGGCGGCUUGUGGACAGGUCAUCCUGGAGUGAUCAUUUCAGUAUAUGAUUUAAAAGUCUCCAAAUCCAACUCAAUAAUAAAUGGCGCAAUAACUGGAGACUCUGUGAAUCUGACUUGUUCACUCGACUGUCCUGGUAAUUUAUCAGAGGUUCAGUGGUUUAAGAACGGUGAACUGAUGAAACAGACAAACCCAAUCCUCAUCUUAAACGGCCUCCCUGCUGAAAACUCUGGAAAUUACUCUUGUUCUUUGAGGAAAUUUACAAACCCUUUAUCUGGAGAAAGUGUUUCUGUGUUCAAAGCUCUUCUGAUUAUUGUAGUAUCUUCAGUCUCGCUUGUGUUCAUCAUCAUUGUAGCUGUGAUUCUCAUGAGAAGAAGGAAAGCAAAAACUCAAAAAAACCCAAAGGAAGUGAGAGAAGGAACCAGAGUUUCAGAUGACAACAUUGGCCAAGCAACUGAAGCAGUAGAUGAAUUAAAGGAGGAUGAAGUGUUGUAUACGAGUGUCACCGUUAAGGCCAAAGAAGCAGACGUUAAACCCCAAGAACAAACGUCUGCCAACACAGAGCAGCAGAAUGAAUCCAUUUACAGCGGAGUGAAGACUGCUUGAUGUGAUACGUGUGUGUGUGUGUGUGUGCGUGCGUGCGUGUGUGUGUGUAAAAAAGAUACAAAUGUGCCCUUCAAAGAUAGUAAAACCUGACAUCACCAACACUUCCCUCAGUGUUAGUCUGGUUUUGCUAUAUUUGAAGGUGCAAAGGAAGCAGAAAGGUGAUAAUAGUAAGGAAUACAUUCAUGGAAACUUCCUAGCAUGUUACUGUGAACAACAGCUUCUUUAAAAAUACAGUAAGCUCUAUUUUGACGAUCCAUGCGCAAAGUCCAAAGCGCAUGGUCUUACAGGGUUGAGCUUAUUUUCUUAAUGAGUUAUAGGUGUGUUUUGAGAAUAAACCAAUCAGAGUCUCAUCUUCCAUUCCUUUUAAGAGUCAGUUGCGUCACACCAUAGCGCUUUUGCUAUUUACAUGGUGAACUUUGUAAGUGGAAAAACUGAAUGCUUCACUAAAGAGAGCAUCUACAGCUCGAGAAUGAGAGAUGAGCCUCCUCAUUAUUUACUUUCACUCUCGUUGAUAGGGAAAGUGUUGUAUGCACAGACAUCCAUUAGCCUAUACAUAAUUAUUUACGUUUAUUAAGCACAAAGAUUUGUUUCAAAACUAUUUCUAGAUUCAGUUCUAAUUUCCAGCAAACAAAUAAAGGAACAAUAAUAACUAAGUGUGGUCAAAAAACUGAGUUAUAUCCAAAUACACAUGCUGCGCCCCAUAUGGUCUAAAACCUGACAGGUGGGCAAAUCUAAACUUGUUUUUAAUAAACCAAAUAUAAAUAUGUAUAUAAUAAAUAAUACUGCUAAUAAUAAUAACAUUAUACAAAAGCAAAUUGUUAUGAAUAAACUAAAAAAGCCCCCAGAGAUGAAGAAGGCAUGGAGGCGGUGGUUUUUAUAUUUAUGUAGGCUAGAAAAUAAUACUUUUUGUAAUAUGUUAUUCUUUAAUUCUUUUUCAUUUGUAAAGAUAUUUGUGUAUUGCUGUACAUCCUGUGUGUAUUAAGCAAUGUUAAAGUGAGGUGCACAACUAACGUGCUCUGCGCUGGACUUUAGACCAGCUUUGAUCUGAAAACAAAAGCAUAACAUAAAAAUACAAAUUAAGGACAAAUAGAAAACAAUUAAAAAACGUAUAGCAAUACAGGAGCUGCAACCAAGUUAAAAUGACAAUCUAAGAUCAGAUUAAAUGGGUAAAUGCAAAUUUAAACCCUUCCGGUCACUGGAGAGUGUGUACUUUACAAGCAACAAGAAUUAACUGUGCAAAUUUGAUCUUAAAAACUGUUACACAUACAUACUGUUACACUCAUUAGAUAUUAGAUGAACAAAAUAUAGGGUGUUGUAUUUUUCGCACGCACGCACGCACGCACACGCACACACACACUGUAUAAUGCUUAAUUAAUUUUUUUUAAAUUAUGAAAAACUGCUUACUGGGGCAGUUCCCUUUAAAAUGUACACCUUUGCUUUUUUUUUUAUUUUUUUACCUAAAAAGAGCAUAAUAUCCAAAGUUCAAUAUUAUCAGUAAUCUUAUUCAGUGUAGAACAUAAAAGAAAACUUUUACAGCUAGCUGAAGCCAUAAA